AUGGACGGACUGGGCAUCGUCUCUGCCGGCGGGGCCACGCCCGUGUCGCCCGCCAGUCCCACGAACGCCCGUCAUGCUCCCAACGGGCCUCCAAAGAGGAAGCACAGCAGUAUGGCAUUGGAUAGUAGCCCCGGCAGCAAUGUAGGUCAUGACGACGACAAUGGCGAGCCUGAUUCUAAGAAACGCCAGCCCGGCGUCAAACGCGCUUGCAACGAGUGCCGACAACAAAAGAGUUGUUCUCGGUGCAAUCGUCUGAAGCUCGAGUGCAAGAUCGAGUCAAACUUUAAGCGUAUCGGCAAGCGCUCGAAGCACGCCGAGAUGGAGAAGGAGAUCGACAGGUUACGGCGCAACAUCGCACGCGCCCAAAACCAGGGCUACACCGUCGAAGACGACGAUCACGACCUGCAGUCUCCCAUCGCAACGAGCGUGUAUACCCACACCCGGAACCCCUCUCUCAUGGGUUCUGACGAGGCCGUCUCUUCGCUGUUGCACCUCAAGAGGGGUGGGUCGUACAGCCUACCACGCUACACACACGAACUGGAGAAUGUGCGCCUGACUGAAGAGUCAGUGAACCAGCUGUUCAACGAGUUCUUUGCCUACUAUCAUCCUUUCCUCCCCUUUCUCAACCCCCAACAGACACCCGACCAGUAUUUUCAGCAGCACGCCCUACUCUUCUGGUCCAUCAUCUCAGUUGCUGCUCGACGAUAUAGUGCAGAUCCCACGCUAUUGACCUCGAUAUCAGGGCCUUUGACGCGAUUGUUGUGGUCCACUAUUGGAGACGUGCCCAGCAGUUACUUCGUUGUCAAAGCUCUGUGUCUGCUCUGCACAUGGCCCCUGCCAACAAGCACGACAAGUGCUGACCCAACGCAUAUUCUGUGUGGUGUCAUGAUGAAAGUCGCGACUGGCAUUGGCCUUCACAGGCCUAAUCACAGCCAAGACUUUUCCAGGGUAUCCGUCGAUCUCAACAAAGAGCAACUGCAUGACCGCGUAUCGACUUGGGCUGUCUGCAACGUGGUUGCUCAGACCAUCGGCACUGGCUACGGUCAGCCGGCCUCGACUCUCUAUGAUUGGACCUUGGCCGUUCGUCGAGGCGAAGAUGGGCCCUUUCGAUUGACACCCGAACUGGAGGCUAGACUUCAAAUUGAACGUUUUUGCGACAAAGUCUCGAAGGAGAUGUACAGCAACGCCAGUGAUCCCAGAGGGGUUGCUGGGGACGAGCAUCGAGCCAUGCUGAUGCGGGUGUACCGAAAGGACUUCAACGAACUUCAGGCAGCUAUCCUCUCACAACACCUGGGACCAAUCGUCAACCUUCAUAUGCGAGCUGCCGCCCUUCACCUGCGCUUGGCUGGCUUUUUCGACUCGAGCACAACACCCGGCUACAUCGAUGAUCUGAUGGGGCUCUGGAGAGCCACAACAAGCUUUUUGGACAACAUUCUCGAGGUCGACAAGGUUACAUCGCCCGGACAGAACUCACCUGGGCAAAUCUUGCUAUAUGCCACGAACUACAUCCAACAGAUGUUGAUAGCGGCGGGGUUUGCUCUGCUCAAGCUCAUGAGGUCGUUCUUUGCGAAGACGAUCGACUUUGACCGUGGUCGCAACCUCUUCCACCAGACGAUCAACGCAAUCCGUGCGACAAGCGUUGUGAACAACGACCUUCAGUGGCGCUUGGCCGAGCUUAUGGUGCAAAUGUGGAACGGAGCCCGGCUUGACAACAACAGCACGGCAUCGUACGACAAUGACGACUCCCCAUUGCUAAUUGACGACACGUUACAGCUCAAGGUGCGCUGUCGCCAUAGCAUGAGUCUCGUGUUCGACUCUGUGUGGCGGUGGAGAGAAGAGUAUCAAGCCCAAGGUAGAGGCUCGAUUGACGCGAACGAGUCCUCAGCGUCUUCGACCCAUUUGGACAGCACUCUGAUGCCGGCCACGCAAGGUUUGCAAGCGAGCAGCUUGCUCACGACCAACGGAGCUCUUACCCCGAGCCACUCUGGCGGCGUCGGAAGCCAAGCACCCAGCAACAGCAUGCUAAGCGGGAUGAAUUAUGGCGAGACCAACUACGACUUCUUCGACCCCCAACACUGGAUGUUGGAUGGCCUGCUGGACUUUAACUACAACUUUGUGCAGCCCCUUGAGGGCGCAUAG